CUGAGAUGAGGUCACAAUAGCGUCGCGGCAGUACGCAGGCUCGCCAUUUUCGUAGCUCUUUGUGCGACACCGCGUACUAAGAGUUUGCCUGUUUUGAUCGUUUCCUCGUCGUUUCGCGUUAACAUUUGUGUUGCAAAAAUGCAAGGAAACAAAGGCCCCCAGCAUAACCACGGCCCCAACCGCCCGGGCGAGCAGAAAAAACCGGGAGGAACAAACACGAACGGCCAGCAGCCCGAUCCCAACGAGCAGACGAGCCCCAAUGAGGCCCUAACCCUGGACAUGCAGAGCUUCAGGAAGCCGGGGGAGAAGACCUUCACCCAGCGCAGCAGGCUGUUUGUGGGCAACCUGCCCACGGGUGUCACCGAGGAGGACAUCGAGAAGCUCUUCGGCAAGUACGGGAAGGCAAGUGAGAUCUUUGUCAACAAGGAUAGAGGCUUCGGCUUCAUCCGGCUGGAGACCAGGAUCAUAGCAGAGAUCGCCAGAGCCGAGCUGGAUGAUACUCUGUUCAGAGGCAGGCCCAUACGGGUGAAGUUUGCAACACACGGUGCUGCCUUAUCUCUAAAGAAUCUGCCAGAGUUCGUGUCAAACGAGCUGCUGGAGGAGGCCUUCGCCGUGUUUGGGCCGAUAGAAAGAGCAGUGGUCAUAGUGGAUGAUCGGGGGAGGCCCACGGGGAAGGGGAUAGUGGAGUUCACCUCAAAGCCAACUGCUAGAAAAGCUCUGGAUAAGUGCAGUGAUAGUGCCUAUCUUCUCACUGCUUUCCCCCGGCCCAUUAUAGUGGAACCUAUGGAACAGUUUGACGAAGACGAGGGACUGUCAGAAAAGCUGAUCAACAAAAACCAGCAGUAUCACAAGGAGCGCGAGCAACCGCCUCGAUUUGCUCAGCCGGGCUCCUUCGAGUACGAGUACGCCAUGCGCUGGAAGGCUCUCAUGGAGAUGGAGAAGCAGCAGUAUGAAAUGGUGGACCGCAACAUGAAAGAGGCCCAGGAGAAGCUGGAGGCUGAGAUGGAGGCGGCCCGACACGAGCACCAGGUAAUGCUGAUGAGGCAGGACCUGCUGAGGCGCCAGGAGGAGCUACGGAGGAUGGAGGAGCUCCACAACCAGGAGGUGCAGAAGAGGAAGCAGGCUGAGCUCCGGCAGGAGGAGGAACGUCUGAGGAGAGAGGAGGAGAUAAGGAUGCGCAACGAGGCAAUGAUGAAGAGGCAGCAGGAGGGCGGCUUCAGAGGAAACUUCCCUGAAAAUAGGGAGCAAGAAAUGAGGAUGCACAUGGGCGGCCACGGGAUGUCCAUGAACAGAAACUCUCUGGGUGGCAACUCUGGUCCGGCUGGUACUCCCGGCAUGGCUGCUGAGAAUACUCCAUUGAUGCCGGGGCAAGGAAACAACAACAACAUGCCUGGAGGAGGUCAGGGUGGCUUCCCCAGAGGCCUCCCCGGGCCCGGAGAAUUUGGACCUAAUAAGCAACGCAGAUUUUGAAUCACAUUUAUUUUCCGCCCCCAAAUUUUCAUACUCAAUGUAUUUUAAAGUUCAGGCAGUAAGCAUUACUUUUUGAACUUUGAAAAUGGUUGCAUGUAUUUUUUUUUCUUCGUUUUUUAUGUUGAAUGUGUACUUUUGAAUUAUUUUUUUAGUACUAUAAUAUCAAAACUUUCCAAAUGAGCCAUGUGUUUUACUUAAUUUCCCAAGUUUCAUAGGGAUAGAAAAUGUUUUUGUCCUGGAUAUGUUGACCUUUCUGGAAUAAAUUCAUGAUUCCCUAA